GUUGCCACCAGCCCCCUCCAUCUCUACCUCAAGCACUCUAUACUGAAGAACUGACGGGCAAGUAGGCAUGCUUCUUAACGGGUACGAGGCCUGGGUCACCUGCGAAGGAGAGAAGCUGCCCGAGUAUGGCAUAGCGCCUGAGGGCGGCGAUGGCAAGACUGUGGGCUGCUUUAUGCCUAGUGAAAGGGGAAAGACGUUUGCAAUUCAGUUCAGAAAUGGAGGAAAUGACUGCAUCUCCCUCGCGUUCAAGGUGGACGGGCACAAGCUCGGCCACGGUGCGCUCUGCAGCGCGUUACAGACCGGGAGCAAGAACGGCGUCCGGACCGGGCUCAAUGUUGAGCAGCCGUUCCAUUUUGCUGACCUGAAGACGACGGACGACGAUGACUUGCUGAGCGGGUUAGCAAAACAGGCAGACGUUGGGUCGAUCGAGGUGAAAGUAAAGCGUGUGUUUGCGGAGGGGCGUCCAGUAGCUGCCGUCGUCGAUUCGUUCAAGAGUGUGGAAGCGGUGCACGAGCGGAGCAAAAAGGCUGGCGCACAUAGUGUGGGAUUGGGCGGCAAUUUGGUGGUGCAGCCGUUCACACAAAUGUGGAUGCACGACGCGAUCGAUCCCUGCGAGGGCUUUGUUGCGACGUUUGUCUUCCGUUACAAACCUCGUGAUCUCCUGGAAGCGCAGGGCAUCGCACCUCGAGACAAGCCAAUCAAGCCAGAGGCGGGCCCAUCGCGCGUGAAGCAGGAGAAGAAACGUGCGGGUUCUCCGGAUAGACGCAAUGCAAAGCGCGCCCGAGUUCAGCCGAGGUCGGGAGCUGGUGCCAAGUUGGAUCUAGGCGUCGUCGAGAUCUCCGACGGUGAGGAAGACGAGGAGAUAGUACUGGCUCGGGUCAAUGUUCCGUGUGCUUCAUUGAAGCAACGCUGACAUCGCGGACACGUUUUGCAGAACCGUCUCAAGCGGGCCCAAAGUCAGUACAACAAAGCGAUCGCCCAGAAGAAUUGUGGACGCGUGAAGCGGGAGCCAGGAGCCUCGCCCUCAGCUGGAUUGAAGCACGGGGACGAUGGUGGGGUGAUCGACUUGACGUUGGACGAUGUUUGAGUCUCGUUAUCUUAUUGUCCCUGGGUGCAAUUCGUCUCUUACAUCUGUUUUUGCUUCGGAUCGGGGUUCUGUCGUUACAAUACUGUAUGUGUUAAUAUCGUCUUUGUUUCGUUGUCGUACAGUCCUGUAUACUACAU